AUGGCUUCAAUACUGCGACAACUUAUUGCAAGUCCGCGGACGUGGCACCCGGAGGCUGGCUUGGACCUCUGUUACGUGACUGACUUUAUCAUUGCAACAUCUGGUCCUUCGCAGACAUACCCCCAACUGGCGUACCGAACCCCUCUCGACCAGCUCGUUGCUUUCCUCGACUCAAAACAUGGCGAAGAUUGGGCGAUUUGGGAAUUCCGUGCUGAAGGGACGGGAUACCCAGACGAAGCCGUCUACAAUCGAAUAUGGCACUAUCCGUGGCCUGACCAUCACCCUCCGCCAUUCAGGUUGAUGCCGAUGAUAAUGGCGAGCAUGAGAAAUUGGCUUCACGGGGGAGAUGCGCCGGGUGGGAAGUCUGCUGGCAAGGGUGAAAGCAAGAGUGCGCAGCCAUUAUCGUCUAAACCGCCAAGUGGAAGCAACGCAAAAGAUUCCACUACAGAGCCGGCCAAGCCAGAGAGAAAUAAGAAUAGAGUUGUGGUGGUUCACUGCAAGGCGGGCAAAGGGCGGAGCGGUACCGCUAGCUGUAGCUACCUCAUCGCAGAGGAGGGCUGGAAGGCAGAAGAUGCGCUCACACAGUUCACGCAGCGCCGCAUGAGGCCUCAGUUUGGAGCUGGCGUAUCGAUUCCUUCGCAGCUACGAUGGGUGAACUACGUUGAUCGCUGGACAAAGGGCGGAAAGAAAUACACAGAUCGUCCAAUCGAAAUUGUAGAGAUUCACGUAUGGGGGCUCCGAAACGGUGUUAAAAUGGAGGUCGAAUGUUUUGUUGAUGAGGGCAAGAAAAUUGAGACGGUACACACUUUCUCAAAGCAAGAGAGAAUGGUGGUUGAAGGAGGUGCACCUGAAGGCGGCGGCCUUACGGAAAUGAUGUGGGAUUUGGCGGGGUACUCGAGUCCAAAAGACAAGGACAAAGCUCGUGAUACGGGAGAGUCAGAAAGUUCAUCAAAUGGCGAAUCCAAGAAGAAGAGGUCUCUUGACUCUCCAUCCCCACCGCGACCCUCUGACUCGUCAAUGGAGCAGCUUCUACGACGGAAGAGCGCUAAGCUGAUUGAAAAAGUAUCGCCGCCAGGAUCGCAUUCUAAAAUUGACAAAUUUCGAGCCCUGAUCAAUUCUAAUGAAUCAAGCACGUCUCCGACAUUAUCUUCUCCAUCAGAGGUCCGCACAGAGGCUCCCGACGAAGCAGAGCCUGGCGGCAAAGCCGUCAUUAUGAAGCCAAAAACCCCGAUUCACAUUUCCAACAGCGACGUCAACAUCUCUGUUGAGCGGCGAAAUAGGACGCACAAAUCAAUGGGCCUGACGAUGGUUACAGCCGUCGCUCAUGUGUGGUUCAAUGUCUUUUUUGAGGGAAAUGGCCCAGAGAAGGGGGGCAAAGCAGACAAGAAUGGUGUGUUUGAAAUAGAAUGGGAAGCCAUGGACGGCAUUCGAGGAUCUAGCAGGAAAGGAACGAGAGCGUUUGAUCGUAUGUCGGUUGUGUGGCGAGUUGCGGAUAGCGGCGAGGCCAAGGCAGAAGAAGAGGUUAUCGAGCCGAAGGAGGGCGAGCCGGUGCCGCAAACCAAGGCUGCGGAUUGGAAAGGCACCGAUAAUGCAAUGCCUCCGGACGCUGAAAAGGAUCUUGGAUUGCGGGUGCAAAGUCCUCUCAGCGCAGAUGUGAGCAGGGCCAGCAGCAUCAAGAGUGCUGAGGGAACCGUGGAUGAGCAAGGCCAAGGACAGAGUUCGAAACCUGAUGAAUCGAUGGAAGGUCUAAAACGUAGUGGGCCGUCAGGCGAAGAUUUGGAUGAAGAAAGCAAGGUCUAA